AUGCUGACGGACGAUUCGGUUGGCCGGAAAGUCUGGUACCUGCUAGAGCCGCGGUUGUCUGGAGGAAAGAUUCGGCUCGGCUCUCUUUGGCCACCUUGCCCUCAGCCGAAGACAGCUUCUGCCACAGUGUCUGUCUGUCCUGAACUGGGUUGUAGGCUUGUCGACCGCGUUGCCAGGCGCCUCGUUAGCAGAGAUCCCUUAGCACGGGCUCCACGUGUUUGUCAACUUCGCAAAUCGGCCGCUUCUGCCCGACAAACCAAUUGCCGCUUGGCAUUCCAGACUCAACGCCCCGCGACGUCCUUAAAGGCCCUAGGCAACGGGGCAUUUUUGUACUAUGCAUGA